AAUGGCGGUGGAAGACGUCACGGAGGCCAUGCUGGAGAACACGGAUCUUGGAGUCGACGGAUGGGCGUGCAAAGGCUUGGAUGUCAACGCGCGAGGCCCGAUUGGCGCAGCCGUGUACCGAGCUUUCAUCAAGCACCCGGACAUGCGGGAGUGCUACAAGUGGCUCUUUGACGACCUGAAGCGCAAAUUCCGGACAAGCUGGGCGAUGCAGCGGAACUUCGACUUUGUUUGCCACAAGCGCAUCCAUGAGAAGCGGGAGAGCACCAAGCACUCAGAGAUCGGCAGCUUCAAAAGUGAACUCCAGCUGCAGGCGCACUUGGGCGGCGUGGCUGUGCCGGAAGCUGUGCGGCAAGCGGCGUGCUACAUCAAGAACUGCGAGAAGUGGCCGGAUGUCUUCGUGCGGUGGAACAGCUGGACGGAGGCGCACAACUACUUGCUGGUGGAGAGGCUGAUCACCAGCACCUCGGAGGAGGCUUGGAAGGAUGUUGUGGCGAUGCAUGACUCAUCUGGAACUUUCGAGACCGAGAGCUACAAGUGCAAGGCCAUCCGCAAGCACGCGGCCUUCCACCGCAAGGAGUGCGGAGAGAAGGCGAAGCGAGGAAGCCGGCGAGCUAACGCAAAGGGCAGCGCGAAGCCAAAGGCCAAGAAGGAGCUCAGCCAGGAGAAGGAGGCAGAGAACACCGCCAAGGAUAUCAUCUGCAAGGUCCAGAAGUCGCAGCAGAUCAUGGAGAAGAUCUUGCAGCUUGGCGAUGAUUUGCCUUCCGAGUGGAGGUGGGCCAAAUCCUUCCUCGUGGACUACAAGGAGCUGACGCAGUCCUUCAAGGAUGUCCUUACCCCUAAGGACGGCGACAGUUUGAUCGACUUCGUGAACGAACUCAAGCUCACCCUGAUCAGCCCGCAGGCGAUGAAAGGCUUCAAGAAGCAGUACGGCGACCGCUACGCGCCGCUGUUGCUGUUGUUCAACGAUCGCUCCCAAAAUAUUGCGAGCCAGAUCCUUGCCUUCAAAGACUACGUCGAUGACCUCGCUGCCCAAACCUGGGCAAACAUGCCGCGGCUUGUCGGCGACAUUGGCAUCUACAAGAACCACCCCGUUGUCGUCCAAGCAGAACUGGAAAGCAAUCAGAUCACGGUUCGCCCCAUUGCGCUCUAUUGGGAUGGAGUUCAGUACACCAACCACGAUUCCUUCAUGGGCAGUGAUGAGAUGUGCAGCUGUGGCUGUCGAGGCUGGUGCACGCUGCACCCUCUUCUUCUCGCCUGGGUGGAGGAUCUCAAAAGAUUGGAGGAGGGUUACCCUGUUCGCUAUGCCGUGAUCGACAUCCAAGGGGACUGGCCUGCAUUUUUGCAAGUGUUCGGCUUGCGCUAUUGGGCGCACAAGACCCACCCCUGCCCUCUUUGCAGGGUCACACUGCCCGAAAUGCUAGAGAUUGACGUGGACAACAUUACCGUCGAUAACCUUCUGUCUCCGUUGUACCAAACAGAAGACUAUGCCAAAGAUGUUGCCAACAGCACAAAGGUGUUGGUCGUCCAGGAUGCGGCAGUGCAGUCUUUGCUUUUUCGGAAUUUGGAAUAUCGAGAACGCCUUCGGGGGAGAGUCCUUGUGAGAGCCUUUCCAGAACUGGGGCUGCCAAAGCACGCGCGGCUACUACCCUCGCAAGCUUUGCCCGACGUUGGCAAGUUUGAGUUUACCCCGACCCCUUUCCCAGCGACUUUUUGGACGGCGUCAGCAGACGCCAGGCUUACCCACGACUGCCCAUUGCUGGCGCUUUCUGGUGUUGGGCUGGAGUCAUUCAGUUUGGACAUCAUGCACACUUGGCAUCUGGGCCCCUUACAGUUGCUGGUGUCGCUGUGCAUCAACUUUUUUUUGGAUACGGGGCUGUGGGCUCCUGCAAACAGUGGUGGACGCGUGGAUGCAAGUGACAAGAAAAAAGUCGCUCUUCUGGCCAUCAAAGCAGAACUUUUUCAAUGGUACAAGGAACAACGAAAGGAUGCAGAUUGGAGGGCUCGGGGAACGGAAGCUUCUUGUCUGAAACUUGUUGGGCCCCAAACGCAAAGUUGUCCUGCCAACUUGCAACUAAACCGACUUAGGUUUGGAACCUCACGGUCGGCAUGA